GUAUUCCAAGUGUUCCAGCUCAAGCACAUCUGGUGCAACUAAUGAAGCCCUUGAUUAAUUGUAUCAGGUGUGCUUGAGACAACACCUGUUCUGCAAAUUUGUGCUGUUGUGAGGGAUUCUCUUCAGGGGGGGGGGUGAAUAAUUUUGAGACAGGAGAAAUCAUUAUAUUUUCAGUUGAAUUUGGGGAAACCACUUGAAGCGUUCGUCGUGUCGAACUAUUUCAAUCGCUUUUGUUUGAUUUGUUCAUCGCAAACAGCUGAAAGUCUGUACAUUUUGACAGUAAACCUGAUUUGCAAUGGGGGUCGAAUCAUUCUGAUUGCAACUGUAUAUAAGAGUCUGAACUCCAGAUGAAUUUCAUGAUUCCUCCAAAAGUCCCCUCCCCCAUAUCCGAUCUGUUACAUCAUGUCCAAAGCAUCUGGAGCGAGCGCGUCAAAACAGGGUGGAUGCUGCUGCUGCUGCUGCUGUUGUUGUUGUUGUUCAGAGGAGUAAGAGGAUAUCAGCUGUAGAGCUUGUUUUGAGCAUUUUUCCACAUUUGCGUGAAUUUCCUGAGGGCAGAUGGGGUCUGGCAUUGCACGUGAACGAGACCUGCGCCGCAGCUGCGUCGUGCGUCCGCUCUUCCUGGCCGCUUGCCUGCUCUCUCUUUCUUUUGCCCUAACUGUGAAAUCUGGGAAGAAAGAACACAACUUCACCAUUCACUCGUCUCAGCUCGCAUGCAGUUUGCCCGGGCCUCCAGGAGCACCGGGCAGCCCGGGGCCUGCGGGGCCCAGCGGCAGGGCAGGACGGACGGGUUCACCAGGCUCUGACGGACAGGACGGCAAGGAUGGGGACAAGGGUGAGAAAGGAGAGAAAGGGGAACCAGGUCGCACGGGGAACCUUGGAAAACCAGGACUGAAGGGUCGCCAAGGAGUUGUAGGUCGGGCGGGGCCACGAGGUCUGAAGGGGGCGCAGGGGGCAGCUGGCGUGCGUGGGCCGGGAGGGCUGAAGGGUGAAAUGGGAGAUUUGGGUGAAGCUGGCGUCCGCGGUGGAUGUGACUGUGGGACGCAUGAACGCUCGGCCUUCUCGGUCGCAGUUAGCAAGAGUUAUCCGAAGGAGCGCACGCCCAUCCGCUUCGACCGCAUCCUGAUGAACGAAGGCGGCCAUUACAACACCGGCAGCGGCAAGUUCACCUGCGCUGUCCCAGGUGUGUACUACUUCAGCUAUGACAUCACGCUGGCUAACAAGCACCUGGCGAUCGGGCUCGUCCACAACGGGCAGUACAAGAUCAAGACUUUCGACGCCAACACGGGGAACCAUGAUGUAGCGUCAGGCUCGACCGUGCUCCGGCUCCAGAAAGGAGACCAGGUGUGGCUUCAGAUCUUCUACUCUGAGCAGAACGGCCUGUUCUUCGAUCCGUUCUGGACCGACAGUCUGUUCACGGGAUUUCUUAUCUACGCAGAUCAGAUUCCUCAGAGGAAUAUCUCUGCUGCUAGCUCUGGGUCCUCCUGAUGGAAGCUUCACUGACUGGUCCCGUUUAAGCUCUCGAAAUUCACCACAAUUUUUAUGCACGCUGCUUUCUUUAUAACAUUAGAGUUCAAAUGCUGUCUUCGGAGAGCUCGCCAUUUUCAGGGAUGUGUGACGUUCCCUUACCUGUUAGAAACAUUAGCCUCCCAUAGGGGCAAGUGAGACAUGGUAUUUGACAGAUAUACAUAAGCCUUUCUAGAUUUUUCGCAAUCAUUCCGCAGUAUCCUCACUGCCCGAUUAGCUCUGUAGAACUAUUAAUGCGCCUAGUGGUCAAAAAUGUACUAAGAAGUCGUCCAACUACCUGUCAGAUGUCAUAGUAACAUUCAUCAGUGUGUGGCGCAACUAGCAUUCCACUUUUGACAACAAACCAGUUUUCUUGCCGCUGAAAUGGAACGUUCUGGAAGGAGAGCGUUUGUAUAUAAAAUUCACCAGUGUAUAAAUGCAUCACAUCCUACGAGAUGAGGAAGAAGAAGCGUGAAUGCUCUCUGUAUGUGUCAACAUACCUUAAUAGAUGCCCACUGGGGCAGGAAUCACGUUGCCCCAUGCUCACUCUGUGAAUAUUCAGUGGAGGAGGAGCAACGGACAGGACUGUUUUGCCAGAGUGGGCUAGUUUAAAAAUACUCCGUAGACAUCUCUGUUUGCUAUAAAACAAUCUUCAUUACAUCGAAUAAAUUUCAGCAAACAAAGGCAGUGGAGGUGCAUACAGUGUGUCUAUGAAGUACAGAAACAUUUCUAUUGUGAGAUAUAUUCGAACGAUUCGGAGAGGGAUUAUAGAGCGGGUAAUGUCCAUACAUGAGAAACGCGAGACCUCGUUUCCCAUCAAGGACCGUGGGGGGAAAGUGAAGAAAAUCUCUUUUUCAAUGCCUGAUUUUAUCAGGUUGUUUUUGAGAUGUAGUUGCGAUGGAGAGUUUUUUGAUGAUACCUGGCAACCUUGGUUAAUCAUAUUACUACCUAUUACAUGGUUGCUCUAAAAAUUCACUAGAUAGUAGCCUGUAGCAUAAGUCAACUGUGAGAGCCUUUCAACUUGGUUUUGUUUGAGGCGAUGACAUUAUUAAAGUCGCCCUGGUACACCAACGUCUGUGGUGAUGGCCUUAACUAAGAAUUCUUUUGUUGUUGUUGUUGUGAAAAGUUGCCAUAAUUCUGAUCUCCUCGUGUGACUUCAUUUCUGUAGCAAUCCAGAGUGUUUAACAAACGACACAGAGCACAUUUCUGUUUAAAUCUGGCAGAUGUGUUCCCUUCUUUUGGAAACGUAAAUGACUGAACAGGAAAUCAAACUUGGAACUCUUGGAUUUGUACAUGUGUUUUGUUGCAUCUCUCUCACUCUCUCUCUUGCUCUUGCUCUCUCUCUCUCUCUCCCAACCAGUCAAGACAAGCUGUGUUUCUUAUAUGUAUAGUGUCUUUUACAAUGUCUAACAUGAAUUUUAAAAAAGAGAAAAAAGCAAAUACAGAAAAUACGUUCGA